UCUUCUUACUUCCUAUACCAUUUCAGUCACCUCACUCUAUUUGUGACCUCUUUGACAAGUGUCUUCUUUGUUGUAAUAAUUCUAUUAGUUAAAAUGUUUGACACCGAACUAUUUAUUAACGAGGUGAGCAUCCGUCCUCCACUUUGGGAUCUUAAAUUAAAGGACUACAGUAACCGUGAUUUAAAAUCUAAGCUAUGGAUUGAGGUGGCCAGGAUAGUGCUUUCGAACUGGGAGCAGAUGACUAAUGAGGAAAAAAAUAAAGAAGUAAAGGAAUUGCAAAAAAAAUGGAGAUCACUACGAGAUUGUUUUGCGAGGGAGAUGAAAAACUUGAAAUUACCUAGUGGCAGUAGCCAAAAGAAGAAGAAAAAGUAUGUGUACUUCGAUCAACUGCUGUUCCUCACUGCGAACAACACUGACAGGAGGUAAGAA